UGUCGAGAAAAGAAAAAAAAUAUAGACUUUGCGAAUUGUACUCUGAAACCUCGAGUCCAAGACCAAGGUAUAUCGCCAGAUUCAUUAUUUUUUGGUACUACCAAUGGCUGGGGUUAUGCAGAAGUUCCUUAUUGCGUCUAUGUUCAUGUGGAUUCUACCUAUUGCUAUUCUAUAUGGAUUUAACAAUGACUUGCUUCCUGGUUCAACUACAUUGACUCCACAUUCUCUUACACUACUUAGUGGAUUUCUUGCCGUGGUAUCAGUCAAUGUAGUGAUUGUUUUCUACAUCUGUCUGGCCUUGAAAGAACCUACGGAUAAACACAAGCCAGACGCUUCCUUUGUGGCAGAGGCCAAAGAUAGUGUAAAGAAAUUGACAGCAGGAGUCGCAAGUACAACAGACCCUGCGCUCAAGAAAGAAGAGUGAGCAAACCACAUCCCCUUAUUUUAAAACAAGGAACAGCGUGGAAAUCGCGUCAGAUGGAGCAGAGCUCAGGUUCUUGCAAUGUAUUUAUUUUGUAACUGCAGAAGUUUCUUGGCUGCUAUAUCAUUCUGUACUGUUACAUCUGAGGGUUUUCGGUGGUUGAACAGAAACAUACGCCAUUUUGAUGUUGAGCUGAUGUUUUAGGACAAAAGUUCACAAAACCAUAACAGUUGUGACUUUAAUCGUCUAAUUUUAAGCAAGUUUAUCUGUUUUUUCCA